UUUAUAUUUUUACAUUAUAUUUACAUUUGUUUAGGUAACUUAAGCUUAUUAUUAGUUGUCUACAAAACAACGACUAGGCCCUAGUGCUAUGGAUUUCUUUCCUCACAUUGGAUUGAACUACGUAUUAGGAGGGGACAUUGGCGAUGUUGAAAUUGAAAAUAGAGUGCCAGUUGUUUUUAACAACAGAAUUUCGCCAUGGGAAGUUCAAGACCGUAAAUUUGUCAAAAUAUUUCGACUAUCAAAACCUCUAGCCCGGGAACUGAUAACAACCCUCGAACCUCACUUGCCCGCUGCUCGUCGGGCAAGUGCUAUACCAACUGAUAUAAGGGUCUUAACGGCACUACAGUUCAUGGCAUCUGGGAGCUACCAGGAGAGUGUUGGCGCCAACAGGUACCUUGGCCUGUCUCAAUCAAGUGUAAGCAAAUGUCUCCACUCGGUUUGUGAUGCCAUUGAGCCUAUCUUGGGAAAUUACAUAAAAUUCCCCACUAAUGCUCAAGAUGUUGAAGCUGUCAAGCUAGGAUUCUGGGAAAAAUUUGGGUUUCCAGGCACCGUUGGAGCGAUAGAUUGCACUCAUGUUGCCAUUGUUUCUCCCCCAAAACAGGACGCCAACUAUCCUGAACAUAUAUUUGUUAACAGGAAAAAUUACCACUCGAUAAAUACCCAGAUUGUUUCAGACGCAGAAAGGAGGAUCCUCUCCAUAUGGCCGAGAUUUCCUGGGAGCACGCACGACUCCUUCAUCUGGAGGAAUAGUGGCUUAAGAGGCCACCUCCAAAAUCUUUACCAUAGAGAUCAAAGUACUUGGCUCAUAGGAGACAGCGGAUAUGGGUUGGAGCCCUCUCUGAUAAAACCGUUUGAACAUACAGAAGAAGGUACACCAGAGUUCCGGUUCAAUCAGAGGCACCGGCAAGCGAGGGCCAUUGUGGAGUGUUCCAUUGGCCUUCUGAAGAAUAGAUUUCGCUGCCUGCUGAGGGAUAGGACGCUCCACUACUAUCCACCAACGGCCGCCAAGAUCAUCAAUUGCUGUGCAGCUUUGCACAAUUUGUGCCUCAGGGACAAUGUUCCGCUACUCUUAAAUGUAGAUGAACGCCUAGUUAAUGAUGAAGACGUACCAGUGGUUGCCCAAGGCAACAAUGCCAAUUACAGAAGGGCGUUGAUUGUAAGGGACAGAAUUGUCAGAAAUUAUUUCAACUAA